AUGCUCAUCAAAUUCGAUCGUUCCAACAGCAAAAGAUCGAUCGAAGCAAGCAUGCAUGUCUCAUCCCGGACCCAGAGCAUCUGUAUAUAUACAUGCCACAUCUGGUGGGAGUGUUACCCAUCCAUUCAUGUGCAAGCUCUGAAGCCCUUCACACACUAGUGACAGUGACCGAGAGACAGCAUGGCAACAAUGGCGCCCUCACAUGCUCUGCUGCCAGUGCUCCUUCUCCUGCCCCUGCUACUCCUCUCCGUCGUCUGUACUGCAGGUGCAGCAACAGCAUCAACGGUGCCGACGAUACCAGCGCAGCCCGGCAAGCCGAACUCGAACAACAAGCAGAAACAGGGGGGCGCGCCAGCGGGGCCGGCGGUGCGCGCGCUGGUGCAGUCCACCUGCAACGCCACCACCUACUACGACCUCUGCGUGGCCGCGCUCGUCGCGGACCCCGCCAGUUCCACCGCCGACCUCCGCGGCCUCUGCGCCAUCGCCGUCUCCGCGGCAGCCGCCAACGCCUCCGCCACCGCGUCCGCGCUCGCCAACACCACCUGGGCCGCCUCGGGCACCUCGGAGCGGGUUAACGACGGGCGGGCGCAGCAAGUGCCGGCGCUCCUGACGAAGACCUGCGCCGGCAAGUACGGCGAGGCGCGGGAGGCGCUGCUGGAGGCGCGGGAGUCGGUGGGCGAGGAGGCGUACGACUACGCGUUCGUGCACGUGGGCGCCGCCGCCGAGUACCCCGCGGUGUGCCGGACGAUGUUCCGGAGGAAGCGGGUGCCGUACCCCGUGGAGCUGGCCAGGCGGGAGGAGGCGCUGGAGCACCUCUGCACCGUCGUCAUCGACAUCAUCACGCUCCUCGCCUAGCCUGCCAUAGCCCCACUGAUCCCGCCUGAAAGUAUUCUGUUUAUCGGUGCGAUUCAUGUAUGGCAUGGCACGCAUCAUAAUUUUAAAUUUCCCGUUAGAUGAAUAAUCGCAUGCAGAUUACUCCUGUAGUAACUACUCCACUGUAGUAUCAUUAUCGAGCGUAAAACGGAGUGUACUGGCACUACUCCUACUGUAACUUUGAAAGUGCAUGUUGGCACACAGAAUUUGAGUUCAGGGUUUCCCGCAAAAAAAAUGAAAAGAUGAAUCCAAGACUGAGAUGUCCAGACAAGGCGGGCAACGGCCAUUAGUGAAAAGGUUGAUCACGUA